CCGCGGUCACCAAGUAAACAGCAAAACAAGAUGGCGGGGUGACUGAAGAAUCAAAUGGUUUUUCCUAGGACGUAGCUUUUAAUUCCUUGCUUUUGCUAAGGCAAAAAAAGUGCGAAUACAUGUCCUAUAAAGCUUCGUUUCUCUGUAUCUUCGAGAAGUAGGACAAAAGUGUGUUAAACUCGGGAGAGCGUAGUUAAGUUAUGGGCAGCGGAGCGUCUGCCAACAGAAGAGGUUCUGUGGUGAUAAGCCCGAGAGCGGAAGCCAUCACUAAGCUGAAGGAGAAUGGAGUGAGUACAUGCACAGUUUAUCAGUCUAAUUAACAUUUCAAAGUUUGCACUAUAUUAAAAAAAUAUUGCUUCUCGGCCGUCUGGCCAAACUGUCUAAAAUCAAGUUUAGAUUGCUUAUCUGUUCCCGGUACAAGUUAUAUCAUGUAAAUACGAAGACUAGUUCUUUGUUUUACUAAAUCAGUGGCCAUUUUGUGAAAUUUGAAUUCAGAAACUAAUUGAUCGGUAACUUUUCAAAUGUAUUAAAUGCAUUUUUGAUACCCUUAUUUUGACAAGAGGAUACGGCGCUUAUUUGAAGCGGAAGCCUUUGUCACAGCGUAUUAUUAGAAGAACAGCACUGGAAGCAACUGUGCAUUAUUGUCCUUGUAGGGUAGUAUUGUGAAGAAAAUUUAAAUUAAAAGAAGAGUAUUCAAAGACAGUUGAACACGGUUUUCAAAUAGACGCCUGCUCAAUACGGACAUCUCGUUAUUAUGGAGAGUUUUCCUUGUUGAGAAUGUAAGCCCUCACAUUUUCUCAAAUUCAACUGCUUAGUACAGACACACCAUUAAUACGGACUUUUUUCUAUGCGACCCCCCCCCCCCCCCCCCCCCCCCGCCCCUUUUUAACCGGGGUUGUUUUUGUUUUUUGUUGAGGUCUAAUCCCUUUUUAUUGUUUUGUUUUUUUUUUUGGGUCGACGUUUUUUUUAUUUUACACGGUUUUGUUAGUUUGGGGGUGGUGUAUGGGGGGUUUGCCAACCUCGGUGCAAAAGAGGAAAAGGUAAACAACAAAGAAAAAAACUGAAAAUCCCCGAUCCGUUCUCGAACCUUAAAAAAAAGGUUUUCUAAAGAGGUUUAACCAGGUUUUUCAAAUGGACCCUUCCUCAAACCGAACUCCCCGUAUUUAUGGGAGUUUUUCUUUUUUAGAAAGGAACGCCCCCCAUUUUCUUUAAUUUAACCUCCUAAGACCACCCCCCCCUUAAUACCGGCUUUUUUUUAUGGGGCCCCCCCCCCCCCCUUCCCCCCAGUGUCCUUAUUAACAGGGUUUGAUUGUAAUGUUAUGUAGAGUUAACUGCCUUGUAAUGUGACUGUAUUAUUUUUUGGCAGCAACUGAUGUUAGAUUCACCAGCUUUGAUAGAUUUGGGGCAUGGUACAGUGCGCUAUCGACACCCCGAUGAAAAACGAGAAAAGGAUAACACAAAAGUGAAAACUGGAUACUUCUAUCAUCCUCGUCUGGAUGACUUCAGUGAAGGUACCUGCCGUGAAAAAUUUGCCGGCAUAUUUUGUUAAUGGAGAAUGUUAAAUGGCUGCCAAAUGCCUUAUGACUUUGAAGUUUAGUGAUAAGGGUCUGGAAACUGAGAGAAUCAGGUUCCAUUUAGGGUCAUUAUACUGGGAAACUUUCUUGAAACUUGAUUCACUCAGUUUCUUUACCGUAAUCGCUAAACUUCAGAGUCAUUGGGUGUUUGGUGGUUGUUCAGCAUUCUGCAAAAUACCCCUGCUGGUAAAAAAUUGCCCCUCUUUGUUCGUAGAAUGAAGUAUUAUUGAAGUCACUUACACCUGUGUAUUUCAAGCUUCCAUUUCUUCAGUUGAUUUGACUCAGUAUUACUUAAGCACACCGUAAAAACUGUGAAUGCAAAAAAUGAAGUAAAAUACUUGUUUGUAGUAAACAACAGUAUCCUAUUACAUGCACUUACACUUACUGUAAGUUGUAAUCACAAAUAAUUGAUCUAAAUCAAAACACACUAUAUUACAAUCAUGUCUAGAACCCUAACUAGCUAACGAUAAACUAGUUGGCUAUUACAAGCAUGGCUAAGGAGUUGAACUUGGAACUGUGAGGCAAAUUCCAGGUUUUAGUCAGAUUAGCAGGACUUGAAUGAACAACAGCAAAAAUGUUGCUGCAAAGUAUACAGUAGGGGUUAUUAAUUUUUGUUUGCAAAAUUUGCUUGACUAAUGCACAGCAUGGUUAAUUUUUUUGUUCUUAUUACUCUUUUAGAUGCUGAAGUGCGACCUGAUGACAGUUUUAAAUUCCACUAUGUUUUCAAAGGACCCAAAAAGGAUGGAAAAGUGAAGCGUCUGUAUUAUGUGUAUGGAACACAUCUAUCAGCCAAAGAUGAAGGAAUAAAACAAGAGCCUUACAGACCUGUGGGAAAGGGCUACAACUGGCCUGAAUCAUACAGAAAGGCCAAUAACUUGUACUAUGAGCUGACAUUCCCAGAACAAGGUAAAAUCAGCUCUCCGAUUUCCACUUAACCCUGGUUAGUAACAUCUGCAAACUGCUAAGGUCCUUUUUCUGGGCCCCUAAAAGACUUAACUGAUUAGCGGAAGUACAUUUCAAAUUUCUCUUCAACCUGGGGUCAAUUUGAUACAACUUUUACAAGAACUUAGUGUAAUCUACAAGUGUAGCUAUUGUUUUCAGUCUCCAAAACAAUGGCUGCACUUGUAAAUUUCACUUGUAAUAGUUUUAUUGAAUUGACCCCUGAUUAGCCAACUGAACAAUGGCUUUUUUAACAGUCCAACCAUGGCAUGUACUAACAUUAGCUGGACCCCUGAACAAGGGUUUUGGCCCUGGCUUACAGACGAAAUUAACCAGAAGUUUAGUUUUGUUUGUGGCGUAGGCUAGAUCACCACAGGCAUUUUUAGUUGGCAAAUCCAUUUUGAUAACAAAAAUUCCAUAAUCUGGAUGAUACCACAAAAUUAAUGCUUAAUUUCAAAUAUCAUGCAGAGCCCCUGAAACUUUUAAUGUUGAACAAGUGUUUAGGACAGUAUUAAUUUAGUAUCGUAUACACUGUACUGAUAAUUGUCAAAUCUACUCCACCAAAAAAAUAUAAUUUUAACCUCUUUUGCCCCAUAUUAUUUCCUGAUGUUUUAUACAUGCUAUCAGAAACCAUGUCCGCUAAGGGACGAACCAUUAGAAAACUUAUGGGGGGGUGGCGGGCGAAGUACAAAAAAAUAUUUGCGCAAGGGAAAAUUAAAUGAAAAAAAAUUCAUGCACGCCAAUUAACCCUAAAAAAUAUUCAUGCAAUGGCCUAAAUAAAAUUCAUGCAAAGAAUUUGAUAACGAAAAAAAAAUACUUGCAGCUUGAAAGUUCCCCUCCCCCCCCCAUAUCUUUUCAAAUGGUCGGUCCCUAAAUGCAAAUCAAAGGACCUUGGUGUUUUAAUCCACUUCAGCAGAAGUUUUGUUAUCCUCUUUAGGUGAAGGUGAAGAGGACUUUACAGAUUCUGACAGUGUAAUAACAGGGGCAGACUCACCUGAACUAGCUGAUUCUGUUCCUGAUAAGGAUAAUAUGAGGUAAGGAACUCUGUUCAUUAAGUAUCAUGAAUCAAAGUUGUGAGUGGGUCGUCCUUCUUCCUCCCCUGUGCUUGUGGCUUGAUGUGCUAGGAUUAGGUACAGUACCGCUCAAAAGUAAGAAACCCCCCCGUCACGAUGAUAUAAUUCUUGUUGCACACGAUUUGAUUCCUGUAGCACAGUAUGUAAAUAAAAUGGCAGAACACCCUAAAAAUUAUAACUAUCAAGACUAGAAUUCUUGUGCAAUUUUAAGAAUCGAGCUUUAGGAAGUGGUGAUGAUUAAUUUGCCAACAAAAUGACUUUCAAAACCACUGCGGCUUGUAGACUGUAAAAACUCUGGGUGAAUAUUUGGCUUUUCACACUACGUGGAAUUAGUUGGUUUCAUGCAUGAGGGACUCAGAGAUAAUUUAGGCCAAAAAUUGCCACUUCACUAAAGCACUGUGAAAUACAAGAAACACACAAGAAUAUUGUGUAGCCGGGGACACUAUUCUUGUCUUGCAGGAAAGGAGGUAUACACGACUGGAAACUUAGAGUACUGUUUAGGGAUGCCCCGCUUUACCUACCCCUGCUCCCAUGGAGGCAAAUUUGUUGAUUACUGUCUAAAUCUUAACUUGACCUUACUAAAGAGAGUUUACUAAAAUCUUUACCUUGAAUAUAUCCUCUUUUAUGUACACAUUGUUAAGAAAACUUUGAAGACAAAUAAAUCAUUCAUGGCAUCACUAGACUGCAAAACAGUCCGUAUUUUUGCGGGUGUGUGAGGCUCGCACUUCGCAUGCGUAAGACUCUUUCGCCAGGCUUUACCAAUUUCUUUACUGAUUUUGAGAAAAAACCGACUGUUUUGCAGUCUAAGGCAUCACUUUUACAAUGGGUUACUGAUAUUUAGUGGUAGUUAACUUUUUCAAAGUACCAUUCAUUACACCACGUGAGUACUUGGACUUGCAUGAAUGAAAUUUCUUUUUUCUUUUUAGGAUUGUCCUGGAAGAGAUGGAAACAGUUGAUUCUCUCAAAAUGAGGAUGUCUUUACGUCUCUUGAUACCAUCUGUCAAUUUUCACAUUUUAUACAACAAAAAGGAGCUGAGGUAAAGCCAUGUGAUAAUUCUUUGUUUUUUCUAUUUGUUUAUUAAACAAUAUUUAUCAUUUAAGCAAUGGAGAGGAGAAGUGUGAUGUCACGUUACAAUGGUAGCACUAUUUCUGGAUGAUGACAAAACCAACGAUGAUGGUGACGGCAAGGAGAUCGGCAAAAAAUGAUAUGUUUAUGUUGUAGUUAAUUUUUUAUCUUAGGUAAUUUUUCUUUUUCUUUUGUUUUUGGGUAUGGUAAUGUAUGCUAAUGAAGCUGAAACAAACAAAAAAAAGGAAAAAAUACCUGAGAUAAAAAAUUAACUACAACAUUAAUUUAUAUUAACAAACAACAACUUUGCACAUGCAUCACGCUAUUUUGUACAUUUUUUGCCGUCGUUGCACCACUAUGACGUGAAACUAAUUUCACGAGCCCACUUUAUGGAGUAGGUGAACACAACAAAAAAAUUGUUCCUUUCAUUUUCUAAGCUUAGAUAACGUUAGCUAUGGUCCCAAAGAAAAUUUCGCCAAGAUUUGCCAAAUUAAAUGAAAUUGAAUAAGAUCAGUGAAGUUUGAAAUAGUGCGAAUAGACUUUGAAGUGACUUUUUCGGUUUGUUGUCAUACAAAAAUUUUGCUACCCUGGCAACAUGACGUAACGACUUCUCCUCUUUAUACACCGCACUUGCUAUGGGUUUACCGGCAUGAUAACCCAUGCACGAUGUUGGGAGAACACUCGAAAAGGUCGUAAAUCACAAGCAGAGGGCGCCGUGGUAAUUGCAAUUUAGGCAAUUGCAAAUUUACCCAAAAAGAAUUUCGGGACUUCAAUGGGAUUCAAACCCAUAGCCUCUGCGUUAGUGCAGCAGUGCUCUACCAACUAAGCUAUAAAGACCCAUGCAUUGGGAGCAGGCCAAUUUGUUGAGUUCAUCUUAACCCGUGAAAGGAAUGAAGCAUAGGGUAUUUAAAUUUUGUGAACUGUGGAAAUACAAGUUAUUUUAAAUGAAGACUUGAUUGUCAUGCUGUGCUCUAAGAAAAGUUCACGGGAACCCAGUGCUUAGAAAUCCAAGGUGCCCAGCAUAUGAGAUUUAUGAAAAAGCUAACCCAAGAUUUCCUACUUGCUCAAGAGCAAAUAUAAGGUGUCAGGGGCUACUGGGCACUUUUAGAGCACAGCCUCACAAACAAAAAACAUUAGGAAUUUGACAAAAAACAAGCUUAAGUAGUAGGUGAUUAAAAAAAUAUGGGACCCAAGGAUAAAAUUGAACCUCAAGUGUGAUAUGCUCUACAAUACAAGGAUUAAGUACAUGUGCAAAUCUCCAAAAUAUGUGAGAAGAAAAUGCACAAAAUUGGCAGCUUUACAGUGUUCAUGGGCAAAGCUUUUUUCUGUCCAUACAAAAAUUAAUACAUCAGGCCCUACUUAUUCAAAAGUUGGAUAGUGCUAUUCACCAGAUAAAUCACUACCCAAUGGAUUAGGGAAACCAAUAAUUGAGUUAUCCAACUAACAGACAUUUCUCCAGUGGAUAGGGUCAUUCACCUUUUGAACAACUGGGGUCAGUAGAUGUUAUCAAGAGUAGCACUUUUUUCAAAGGACUGAUUGGCUAGUUGCCUUGUUCACAAAUCUGACAAGUUUAGUGAGAAGUUUUAGCUAAAUAGCAUAGUGCACAAAUGACAUCAGAGUGACUAAUUUGCAAUUUUUGUCUGAGUUUUGUCAUUUUUCACAUUUUAAUGACAAAAGACAGACAAACAUGACAUUUUCAUGACAAAAGUUAGACAAACAUGAGGAAUUCGCUAGUGUUAAUUUCAGUUUGUUUGUCUGAGUUUCGGGUCUAUAAAUAGUAACUGCACACAGCGCUAUUUACUAUCACCAUAAUUUCUAUUAAUUAUAUUAUUUUUGUUGUGGUGCAGGCCAGAGGAUAUCGUUGGAGAUCGGAGGACACCUGAACAAGGAAACUGGAGAAAAUUUCCAGUUCUGCUUCACCUAACGUAAUCAUUUGACUCAACAGCUGUCAAUUGAACGUCAGUUUGUCUUUCAUGUCAAAAAAACAAACAAACAGACAAACAAACCCUGUAUUACACAGACAAUCACUGGACUCGCAGUAGUAUCCAGAUAGUAAAAGUUGUUUAUUUUAUAGAAAAUAAGGUUUGCGACAUACAUAAACAACUUGAGAGGCCAAGAAUAAAUUAUUUAAGUUGAACUAACAAUC